UAAGUCAGUACCAUCACCAAAACAUGAUAUCUCAUUAGUUCUUAGUUUCUUUGCAGAUAUUAAGUUUAACUAAUUAAUUAAUCAAUCGCGAGAUAAUUCAGCAGAAGAUGUAGGAAAGAAAUCAAUUUCUUUCACAAUUUCUUUCCUUAUUUAUCCUAUCUGGUUUUUCAGAAGUAGAUGAUCAUCCGCUUACUUUGGAGAGAGUUUUUUGUCGUGAUUAUUGGAUGCACGUGGAACCCCAGGAAGUAAAUUCUCCUGUAAGAGAAGUAUUCUCUAACAUCCUUUAGAGAAGGAUGGCUCUUUCUGGAGCUAAAGAAGAUGCAAGAGGUGUGAGGAUUUAUGAGUAUUUGGAUGAACUAAGUGCUGAUUUGGCCGACUAUAUUUCAGAACUAUCUGAAGCUUCUGUGAAAGAGAGAGGAGUAUUUGCCAUUGCGUUAUCCGGUGGAUCUCUCAUCAGCUUAAUGAGAAAACUAUGUGAAGCCCCUUACAGCAAAACUGUUGAUUGGGCCAAGUGGUAUAUAUUUUGGGUGGAUGAACGUGUCGUGGCAAAGAAUCAUGUUGAUAGUAAUUACAAGCUAGCCAAGGAUGGUUUUUUAUCCAAGGUCCCUAUUGUUCCAAGCCAUGUACAUUCUAUUAACGACACAGUGUCAGCUGAGAAAGCUGCUGAAGACUAUGAGUUUGUCAUAAGACAGCUUGUGAGGACUCGUGUAAUCAGCGUUUCUGACAUUAGCGACUGCCCCAAGUUUGACCUUAUCCUUCUUGGGAUGGGCCCUGACGGCCACAUUGCAUCUCUAUUCCCUGAUCACUACAUACUCGAUGAGAAAGCAGAAUGGGUGACUUUUAUAACGGACUCGCCCAAGCCCCCUCCGGAGAGGAUUACUUUCACUUUGCCUGUCAUUAACUCUGCCUCCAAUGUGGCUGUGGUUGUUACUGGAAGCAGCAAAGCAGAAGCUGCACAUUUGGCAAUUGACGAUGUCGGGCCUGACUGUCCGUUGUCAUCGCCCGCAAAGAUGAUCCAGCCAACUAAAGGGAAAUUAGUGUGGUAUCUGGAUAAGGCAGCUGCCUCAAAACUAGAAGGCACAAAAUAUUCAGAGUAGGACCAGAUUUUCCAUGUCAAAAAUGUAUGUUGCAGAAGGCAUGUGGAACUUAGUACAUUGUCAGGUUUUUUCAAUUUAUCUUUCCUUACUGCCAAAAUUUAAUGCCUUUUCUGAUUAGAAAGGUUAUUAGGUUUUUGUGAUGGAUCAAGUGUAUUCCACCUGCAGUCUCCUCUUCUGAUGUGGUGGUUGUCUUUUUAUUGGGGAAAACAUCAGAAAUUUUGGUGCCCACACAGAUCAAAGUAAAUCCAUACCUUUAGUGCUGAAA